AUGAACGGACAAGAAAGAGUCGGACGGAGAAACGAUCGGAAGAGGGAUGCCCGUCAGGCGAGCCUUCCAGGUAUCUUGUUUUCCCGCGGCAUUUGAAUGUAUGUUAAAAUACUUUCCAGAACGCUCGCCAUCUCUACGCGCGGAACGUCGUCACUUCAACCAACAAUCCCAGCAACAACAGCAACUGAAUUUAUCCGGUUCUCAACGAAGUCAUCCGUACCUACCGGCGUUCCGCGCUUCUACCCAUCGCCCACGCCCAAUGGUCCGCCCCUCUUCGGUCGUUUCUAUGUCCGGUCGGUCUUUGGCACCUUCGGAAAGCAGCGAUUGUGAGCCGGAAGUGGACAUGGAGUUGGAGAGUAUGACCCUCGACUCCCCGCCCCCUGUUCCUGACGCUGAGGAUCGUCCGUUUCCGGAUAAACCGUACUAUUGGAUGAACGACUACAAAACCCUCGAGUUCAUUCGUACCCAAUUUCCGGCUCACGCAUUUUAUGUGAUGCAUAACGGAAAAAUUGUCGACAACUUUGACAAGUUCAUUGGAGAUAAUCUGGGUCAAGGCCUUGUCAAGUAUUCAUUUCAUCUGAGAGUUCGUGGUGGAAAAGGAGGUUUCGGCUCCUUGCUCCGCUCGUUUCGCGUCAAUAAAAGUACAAAUAAACUGAUGAUGCGAGAUUUGAACGGACGAAGAAUGGCGUCGGUUGAUGAGGAGGCCAAACUGAAGAGAUAUUUGGAGAAACAGGCCAGAAAGGAGCACGAGUUGAGGGUAAAUUGAGCAUCAAUCGCAUUUUCCGAGUCUCACGAUCUGAAUUAAUUUGCAGGAAAAACGCAAGGCGAAGCUGAUGAAACUGAUGGCUGGGCCGGCAAAACAUCAAUUCGAAGAUCAAGCAUAUCUAUCUCGACGCGAAGAAAUCAUUGAAAAAACGGAAGACGCGUGUGAAGCCGGCUUUGCCUUGGCCAAAAAGAGAAAGCAGGCUUCGAAGAGUAUUAAAAAAGGACAUGAAUCUGGAGACUCUUCUGAUGAAGACGAUGACGUGGCCGUAGGCGUGACGGAUCUGUUCAACGCGCGUGGGGGACGAAAACGCAAAGUUGAAGCGCCGACUGUCGGAGAAGGAGCGAAAUUAGUGGAAGAUGAGGAAGAGGACUCGGAGGACGACUCCGAAAAUGAGCCUGAUCCAGAAGAGCUCGAAGCCAUACGACAGUACUUUGCCGCCAAGAACUGUCUGGAAAAGGACGCGAAUGAGGGAGUGUCUCCUGUCGAUUCGAAAGCAAUUUCGGAAAAUUUGGAGGGAAACAAAGAGGAGGAGGAGGAGGAGGCACCAGCCAAACGCCCCAGACUUGAUGUAGGUGUCAAUUAGAACAUUUUUUGGUAGAAUUUGAAUUUUUCUUCGAACAUUUUCUUUCGGGUUUGAUGUUAAAGAAGCCCCUAUUAUUCCAUUUCUGGACACCGCCUUGGUUAGGCAUUUGUUUAGCUCUAAAAACCGAAACAUUACAGAGCAGCACAAACGUGGACGAUCUUCCGAAGAUCGAUGCGAAGACGCCGUGCGAGUACGCAUCCAUAGACCUUGCGAAUUUCCACGGAGCCGAAGAGCUCGAAUUGCUUGGGUUGGAACAUUUGAAAAGUGCGCUCAAUGGUACUAAAAUUCAUUCAAAAAAGUGCCCAUUUACUCAUUGAUUUUUCCAGAUCGUGGCCUCAAAUGCGGCGGAUCUCUGUCGGAACGUGCCGCGCGUCUCUGGUCGGUCAAAGGAAAAACGCCGAAUGAAUACCCGAAAAGCGCGCUGACUGUAGAGACGAAAAAGAAGUUGGCAGAUGAGGAGAAAACGGCUAAAAUGGCCGAGAAGAAGGCAAAAAAGAACCGCUGA